AUGAAAAACUCCAAGUCACCCACCACCACUGCUGGACUUUUGAUACAGCACACGAAGAGUUCCGAUCGUCAUCAACAUCCUCAUGAUGAUGAUCUAGUGAAUAUAACUGAAGAUGAUGCUAUAGAUGAUCAUCAUACUUCUUCGUUUAUGAAAAAUUCGGUACCUACAAUCAAGGAUGACCAUCCUUCCAGUUUGGUGGAUUCCAUUGACAGCCAACUUUCAAACCAUUUCGUCCCUCUGAUCGAGAAGUUACAGAAUGAAAUUGUAGAAUCAAAGGCUAAAAUUUGUACUAUUAUUGAUGGAUAUGAAAACAAGAUUGCUCAACUGAAAACGAGCAUAAACAACACUCCUAAUGAUGCCAACAAUACAACAACCACCCUAUUACAAUCAUCUCCUUCAUUGUUGGAACCACAUACCUCUGCAUCAACGCUACAUUCGGAGGGAUCACCCUACUUUCUAACUUUGCGAAAGUCUAUGGAAUUUCAUCAAGAACAACUAACUAGAUCUAGAUUGGAGAAAGAAAAACAAACUCUUCAAACCCAAUUGAAAGAAAUGGAAAAGAAUGUAGAUAAAAUUCAAUUUUCAAAUACCCAAUAUCAACGAAAUUUGAAAAACAUCGAAAGGGAGAAGGCUGAGUUGGAAAAACAAAUUAUCUCUUUGGAGAAAAUCAUUCACCAAAACAAUGAAAAAUAUCAAAAAUUGUUGGUACAAACUAGAAAAGAGAAAGAAAAGCUAUUAGCUGAUAACAGAGAGGAAAUACAAAAUCUUGAAAACAAUUAUCAAGAAGAAAUAAGGCAGUUACGACAAGCUAUUAAAAAGGAACAAGAAAAGACGUUAUCCUAUAAGGCUAAAUUUGAAGAUGCAGAAAAACAACUUUCUUUCCUUCAACAUGAAACUAAAUUGAAAAUUCAAGGAUUGGAGUCUGAGAAUAGACGACUUCAAUCAGAUCUCAAAACAGCCAAACAAAUGGAAGAUUCAAGCAACAAGUCAUCUUUAACAGCAGCCACCAAGUCUUCCAAUAUGUACUCGAGUGUAGAUCGAUUGGAAAGCCCAAGAUAUUAUGGAAGAUAUAACCCAAAUGUGUAUUAUUGA